GUAGGGGCACUGGCAGCUUGCUAAGGCGUUUAAUUGAAGAACUUGUGGUCUUCAAGAUGAUGAAGGCCGCUUCUUUAAAAGCUUUAGUCAUAAGAAUCAACCUGGUUUUCCUUGCUUUCUUUUUGCUCAUUUAUGUCACCCUUCUUCUCAGGCCAUCUCCUUCAGGCUAUCAUGAGAGUCCGGCAUUGGUGGCUGGAUGCUCCUUGCGCGAGUGCCAUCACAAGAAGGAUGAUGAGGCUGUCAAGAUGAAGGCAGUCUUAGAGGAGACCAUUUUGCAGCAGAAGAUGAAGCUGGUGAGAAGACAGAGGCCUAGUUUCUUCAGUGAACUAGGGAGAGGGAUGAAGAUUGGAUUGGUGAAUAUGGAAGACGAGGAUACAAGUGACUGGGAAUCCAUUGGGAAGACUACGCCCAUCAGCUUCGAACGGGUGUCUCGGUACUUUGAGUGGAAGGAUUUGUUCCCGGAGUGGAUUGACGAAGAGGAAGAUAACGAUGGUCCAUCGUGUCCGGAGAUACCCAUGCCGGAUUUCAUGGCUUUUGCUGAGAUGGACAUGGUGGUUGCCAAAUUGCCGUGCCGGUACCCGGAGCAAGGUUGGGCCAGAGAUGUUUUCCGUCUUCAGGUUCAUCUAAUAGCAGCUAACUUAGCUGCAAAGAAAGGUAAGAGAGAUGGCGGAAUGCGAACGAAAGUGGUAUUCUUGAGCUCAUGUAGGCCGAUGAUGGAGCUGUUUCGAUGCGAUGAUCUGGUGAAGCAGGAGGGUGAGUGGUGGUGGUACGAGCCGGAGACGGGGAGGCUUGAACAGAAGGUCUCCAUGCCUGUUGGUUCCUGUAAAUUGGCUUUGCCCUUAUGGGGAGAAGGCGUAAAUGUUAAUGAGGUAUACAAUGUCUCUGAGAUCACAACGAAGACCAAUGCGAGUGUGAAAAGAGAAGCAUAUGUGACUGUUCUCCACUCCUCUGAAGCCUAUGUGUGUGGUGCCAUAACCCUUGCACAGAGUAUCAUCCGAACAGGCACCAAGCGCGACCUUGUCAUAUUGCUGGACAAGUCCAUUUCCCAACCUAUGAGAGACGCCCUUGAAGCAGCUGGAUGGAAGAUCCGGUUGAUCAAGCGAAUUCGAAACCCAAGAGCUGAGAAGAACUCGUACAACGAGUACAACUAUAGUAAGUUUCGACUAUGGCAGCUCACGGAUUAUGACAAAAUCAUCUUCAUCGACUCAGACAUUGUGGUGCUACGUAACCUGGACCUAGUGUUCCAUUUCCCGGAGAUGUCUGCGACGGGCAACGAUGGGUCUAUCUUCAAUUCCGGCAUCAUGGCCAUUGAGCCGUCCAAGUGCACCUUUCGACUGUUGAUGGAGCAACGAAAGGAGAUAGUGUCCUACAAUGGAGGUGACCAAGGUUUCCUUAACGAGGUGUUUGUGUGGUGGCAUCGGUUGCCAAGAAGAGUAAAUUUCCUGAAGAAUUUCUGGGCUAAUACAACGGCCGAGGCAAGCAUGAAGAACCAACUAUUUGGCGCAGACCCCCCCAAGGUCUAUGCCAUUCAUUUCCUUGGGCUAAAGCCCUGGCACUGUUAUAGGGACUACGAUUGCAACUGGAACAUCGGUGACCAGCGAGUCUACGCCAGCGAUAUUGCGCACGCCAGGUGGUGGAAGAUCCAUGACGCCAUGGACGAGAGCUUGCAGCACUUUUGCAGGCUCACACCGCAGCGAAAGAUUGAAUUGGACUGGGAUAGUAAGAUGGCUGGAAAGAUGGACUUACCAGAUGGGCAUUGGAGGAUCAACAUUUCGGAUCCCAGACGGCACAUGCUCUUAUAUAAUUAAUCAAUAACACUUGGUUUAAUUGGUUCUAUUAAUUCCCUCUCUCUCUCUCUCUCUCUCUUUUUUUUUAUAUUUACAUUGAUCAGAUGGAUAGAGACAUUUAAAUUAUGUGUGAAUAGUGAAUACAGAUUACAGAGAAUUGAAGAGAACAGAUCGAGGACACUCCACCUCAUUACUUGUA